CUCAUGGGCGGUGAGUAGAGCUUAUCUCUGAAACCCCAUUUUCCACAGGGCCCCUGGAGUGCCCUGUCUUCCCAACAGAACUUGCCUUUGCUCUGGACACCUCUGAAGGAGUCACUCAGGACACCUUCAACCGGAUGCGAGAUGUGAUCCUGAGCAUUGUGGGAGAUCUGACCAUCGCUGAGAGUAACUGUCCGAGGGGUGCCCGAGUGGCUGUGGUCACCUAUAAUAAUGAGGUGACCACAGAGAUCCGGUUCGCUGACGCCAAGAAGAAGUCUGCCCUCUUGGACAGUAUUGACAAUCUCCAAGUGAUCCUGACAUCUAAGCAGCAGAGCCUGGAGACCGCAAUGUCAUUUGUGGCCAGGAAUACAUUUAAACGUGUGCGGAAUGGGUUCCUGGUGAGGAAAGUGGCCAUUUUCUUCAGCAACAAGCCCACAAGAGCAUCCCCCCAGCUCCGAGAGGCUGUACUCAAGCUUUCGGAUGCAGGGAUCACACCUUUGUUUCUUACAAGCCAAGAGGACCGACAGCUCAUCAAUGCCUUGCAGAUCAAUAACACAGCAGUGGGGCAUGCCCUGGUUCUGCCUGCAAGGAGGGAUCUCACAGACUUCCUGAAGAAUGUCCUUACCUGCCAUGUUUGCUUGGACAUUUGCAAUAUCGACCCAUCCUGUGGAUUUGGCAACUGGAGGCCUUCCUUCAGGGACCGGAGGGCAGCGGGCAGUGAUGUGGACAUAGACCUGGCUUUCAUCUUGGACAGCUCAGAGGCUACCACUCUGUUCCAGUUCAACGAGAUGAAGAGGUAUAUAGGCUACGUGGUCAGACAGCUGGACCUGAGCCCAGACCCCAAGGCCUCCCAGCACUUUGCCAGAGUGGCUGUGGUGCAGCAGGCAACCUAUGAGUCUGUGGACAAUGCCAGUGUGCCACCCGUGAAGGUGGAAUUCUCACUGACGGACUAUGGUGCCAAGGAAAAGCUGUUAGACUUCCUUAGCAGGAGGAUGACCCAGCUGCAGGGAACCAUGGGCCUGGGUAAUGCCAUUGAAUACACCAUAGAGAACGUCUUUGAAAGUGCACCAAACCCACGGGACCUCAAAAUUGUGGUGCUGAUGUUGACUGGUGAGAUGCAGAGGCAGCAGCUGGAGGAGGCCCAGAGAGCUAUUCUGCAGGCCAAGUGCAAGGGCUACUUCUUCGUGGUUCUGGGCAUCGGCAGGAAGGUGAAUGUCAAGGAGGUGUACAGCUUUGCCAGUGAGCCCAGUGAUGUCUUCUUCAAAUUUGUGGACAAGUCAACUGAGCUCAACGAGGAGCCGCUGCUGCGCUUUGGGAGGCUGCUCCCUUCCUUCCUCAGCAGUGAAAAUGCAUUCUAUCUGCCUCCAGAUAUCAGGAAACAGUGUGAUUGGUUCCAAGGGGACCAACCAGUGAAGAAUGGUGUGAAGUCUGGUCACAAACAGAUGUAAGUAAUUAGA